AUGGGCCUUGCUUUCCGCAAACCGCAGCUCUUUAACGAGCUCACAUGGCGGGUCCUAGGGAUCUACAUGUUCGUGUCUAACUUCGGGUUCGAUUUGGCCUGGUGGUCGUCGUGCCUUGGCUUGCAGCAAUUUGCGGAUGACUAUGGUAUUACUCCGGACAGCGGAGGUCCAAAGGUCAUUCCGUCAACCUGGCAAUCUGCCGGAACUGGCACACCGAACGCCGGCAUGGCAAUCGGGUGCAUUGUUGGUGGGUAUUGUUCUCAGUAUCUCGGCAGGAAGAUGACCAUUGUUGCCCUUUCGGCGAUCUCCAUUUCAUCAAAGAACUACUGGGCCAUUGUUGUUGGGCGGACUAUAAACGGCAUAUCCAUGGGCAUGGAGGCAAACGUGAUUCCUACCUAUAGCGCGGAGCUUGCCCCGCGGCUAUCCGUGGUUCUCUCGUCAACUUUUAUCAAUGGUGGCAGAUUGUGGGUAACAUCGUCUCCGCUAGCUGCAUUUACGGGACUUCCCGGUCUCUCGCUGGCAACCAUUCUUGUCCAGCUCAUGCAGCUGAUACAAGGCAAUUCAUUCAUGAAUAACUAUCUCGUGCUCUUUCUACAGCGCAUCGGAAUCCAGAAUAGCCUGCAGAUUUACAUUGCGCAGAAUGCGACGCAGCUGGGAGGAAUCACACUAGCAUUCUAUUUUACCGACAAGAUUGGCCGCCGACCCAUCCUCAUUGUCUCCGCAUUCUUCAUGGGAACCCUCAUGUGGGUUGUUGCUGGUUUGGGUGCGUAUACCCAUGUUGUUGGCUCCAAAGCCCAGGGCUGUGUCGCGGCCAUUCUCAUUUACCAGGCAAUUGCCGGUGGGUGUUGGGGAAGCUGCACUUGGAUUACCACCUCCGAGGCCGCCGCCGCGGUGGUCCGCGAGAAGACCAUCAUGACUGCAACUUUUGUCAGUUUCUGUAUGGUCCUGCUCAUAACUUACGUGAAUCCCUACGUCCAAGACGAAGGCUAUGGCAACUUGGGGGCCCGCGUCGGAUUUGUCUACGGUGGAUGCUCAUUCCUCGCUCUCAUCUGGGCGUACUUCUUCCUACCCGAACUCAAGGGCAGGAGUUUGGAGGAACUGGACGAGAUGUUUGAGGCAAACCUGCCCACGAGGAAAUUCAAGUCGUACGUCUGCCCAGGCGUGGGGGCUGAUGUCACAAGAUUCCGGGAAAAGGUUGCAGGGGCAAAUUUUGACCUCGACGAGGAAAUCGGUGAUGCUAAGCAGGAGACAGAAGCUACGAAAUAUCUUGGUGAUGAAAAGCAUAUGUAG